ACAAUUUUGUGUUUCAAAGGUGGUUUCCAGUUGCACCAAUUCACCUCGAACGAGCCGGAUGUCAUCGCCAGCAUCCCCGAAGAAAAUCGAUCGAAGAAUCUUCAGAACAAGGACGUCGUGGACGAGUACAAACCAGUGGAACAGGCUCUUGGACUUUCGUGGAACAUUCAAGAUGACACGCUCCUUUUGACAGGAGACCUGCCCGACAGACCAGUGACUCGACGAGGGAUUUUGUCUACCGUCAGUUCCCUAUACGACCCCCUGGGGUUGGUGUGUCCCUUCACGUUGCAGGGAAAGCAGAUACUGAAGCGACUCUGUUGUGAUGGCGGUGGAUGGGAUGAGCCGGUACAUGAAGAGUGCUGGCUUGAUUGGAAAGCAGACCUGGCUACACUUUCCACUUUUGCAGUGCCCAGGUGCUACGUUCCAUCCUCAUGUCUGGUGGAGUCCUACGAGCUGCACAACUUCUCAGACGCCAGCCUAGAGGGGCUCGGGGCCUGCAGCUAUCUGCGAAUGAAGACUACCGAUGGACAGCUCUAUUCGUCACUGGUGCUGGGGAAAGCCAGAGUAACGCCGAAACGCGUGACGACUGUUCCAAGGCUGGAGCUGGCAGCGGCACUUCUUUCGACAAAAACCAGCCAGUUCCUGAAGCAAGAGCUGAAUAUUCCGAACCUGAGAGAAUACUUCUGGUGUGACAGCAAGGUAGUAUUGGGUUAUAUCGGAAACGAAGACAAACGUUUCCACGUCUUCGUGGCGAAUCGUGUACAGCAAAUUCGCCAGUACACAUCACCUGAUCAGUGGGGAUUCGUAUCCUCUGAAGUCAAUCCAGCAGACUACGCUUCCCGCGGCCAGAGGGCGUCUGACCUGAAGAAGAACGACAUCUGGUGGAAGGGACCCGAGUUCCUUAGGAAACAGGACGAGGAGAGGACGCCUAGUACGUUCGAAGUCCCUGAUGACGACCCAGAGGUAAAGAAGAUGACGACGCUUGCAACUGCUGCUUCCGUUGCACAACAGUUUGCGAGUCUGAAGGAGCGGCUGCUGUACUUCUCUGAUUGGUUCAGAGCUCGUAGAGCUGUUGCCCUCUGCAUCAAGUUUGUGAGACGUCUCCGACAUCGGAUCAAAUCGAAGACGACGAAACCAGAAGGAGAUGAAUCCGAGGAGGGCUUGUGUGCUGAAGAUCUGCUGAACGCAGAAAAGUUGAUCCUUCGACAGGUCCAGAAAGAAGACUUCAAUGAGGACGUGGCUGCCCUUUCAGCUGAUGGAGAGCGAUCUGGUGACCCCCGAAGAAAGAGAACCGUUGGCAGCCUGCGAGGACUAGAUCCUUUCGUGGAUCAGGAUGGGCUACUUCGAGUAGGAGGACGUGCUCGAAAGAGCAGCUUAUCAAUGGAGCUAGCUCACCCGAUCAUACUACCGAAACGAGGACACAUUACAGAUCUGAUUGUUCGUGAGUGCCAUGAGCGAACUCACCACAGUGGAAGAGAGAUGACUCUGAAUGAAGUCAGACAAAGAGGUUUCUGGAUCGUGCAGGGAAGAUCGGCAGUUGUGAGGAUCAUCCUCAGCUGCGUGAAGUGCAAGAGGUUACGUGGAAAUCCCUGCACUCAGAAGAUGGGAGACCUGCCUAUGGAGCGUUUGGAGGCGACGGAACCUUUUGAAAACAGUGGAGUGGAUGCGUUUGGCCCAUUCUUUGUAAAGGAGCGAAGAAGCGAAGUCAAACGGUGGAUACUGCUCUUCACUUGCCUGAGUUGUCGUGGGAUCCACCUGGAAACUGUCAACAGCAUGACAGCAGACGCCUUUCUGAACGCAUAUAGACGAUUUGUGUGUCGCCGUGGCCCUGUGAGAAAGCUGUUCUGUGAUAACGGCACAAACUUUAUUGGCGGCAAAAGCACAUUGGAAGCAGCCAUGAUGGAGAUGGAGAAGGGGAAGAUCAGGCGAGAGCUGCUGAAGGAUCAAUGUGAUUUCAUUGAGUUUUCCUUCAACGUCCCGUACGCGAGCCACAUGGGCGGCUCAUGGGAAAGGCUCAUCAGGUCGACAAGAACAGCAUUGACUAGUAUCCUGGACGGACACAGUCAUCAUCUGGACGACGAGCUGUUCCGGACGUUUGUCGCGGAAGCCGAGAACGUCGUCAAUAGUCGGCCCAUUUCUGUUUGUAGCAUGACUAACACUGAUAGCGUAGAACCUAUCACUCCAGCACAGCUACUCACAUGUAAAUCCAAGGUCCUUCUUCCUCCACCUGGUGUCUUCUGCCGUGAAGACGUCUACGCCCGUCGAAGAUGGCGGCGCGUACAACAUCUGGCGGACGUAUUCUGGUCGCGAUGGCAGCACGAGUACGUCCCCACUAUGCAGGAGCGACGGAGAUGGAUCGACAAGGAGCCUAACAUGAAGGUCGACGACCUCGUCGCUGUGGCCGAUGACAGUCUUCCGCGCUCUCAGUGGCAUCUGGGACGUAUAGUGACCACGUACCCGAGUGCGGAUGACUUGGUGCGUAAGGUGCGAGUGCGGAUCGGCGCAGCCGAAUACGACAGGCCAGUGCAUCGUCUGGUCAUGAUCAUGAGGGCGCACGACGGAGAUUCCCGGUCGGGGAGCCUCUGAACGCCUGGUGAGCGGACGACGAACUAGAGGUGCUUGGCGUAGGAUUAGCGGUCCACAUGCCGUGAAAGGACAGCUGUGAGAAGUGUAAGAUGCAUUGAGACCGUAGUCUAUAAGGACUUGAUCCUUGGAACAACUUCUGUUUCAUGGUCUCAUACUUGUUCGUGUAAUCGACGUAUCUGUUAGUGUUAUCCGAAGAGAAAAUUCUGUUGAAUUUUGGGGAGCCAUGUUCCCGCUGGCAUCAAUUUACUGCAGUGGUUUAGGUGACCACCAGCGUGGCCCGCGUGGGCCCUGUUUUUUGCCGCAUCUGCGCAAGAAAUGUUAUUGUUUUGAACGAAAAGCGAGCCGAGGGACAUGGGACGGAUUUUUUACGUGGCAUUGCGGAUCUGGAUGAAUAUACUGAAUUAAAAGGAAAA